AAUGCUGUUCCUCCAAAAAAGUUACACCUACAAUGUUUUUUUCUUGGAUACGGGCGAAACUCGACGCGAUGGCCGCGCACGCGUUUUGAAGACGGGAGAUGACGAUUCUGUGGUUUUUGCGUUUGCUGGGAUAGAGAAUCGAGAUGCCGGGAGGAAUAAGCUUUGGUUUCUUGCUGAAGUUAAUUUUGCUCUUGAGAAUAGAGUUUGCGGUUUAUUGCUACCAAGUAAAAAAACAUUACGUAGGAGCUAUCGCUAUGUACUGGUGUGGUUCUUUCCGUUUUCUUGCCAGGUGAGCUCUGUUUCUUACGGUACUACUUGAUGAUUUUGCAAUGUCCAUUUUGGAGGGUUACAAAACCCUCUGCGUUUCUUGCCGUGUUUAUCUGAAGAACUUUGUUUCUGAGAAUACAGGAUAGUUGGAGUAGCCCCUAGCUACGUGUUUCUAAUCGGAGAAAUAAACAGGAAAGGAAAUUUCAAACGAGAUGUCAAGGUAUUUUUGCAGGUAU